UUCAGGAAGCUCUGUUUUAUAGUGAACCUGAUACCGAAGUUAUUGUUGUUCUUGUCGCAUAACGUCGGACUGGUUUGGAAGCGGAUCCGGCUGAAGAAUAUGCCUUUGUUUUUUCAGAACAGAGAAUUAGAUUGCUUCAGAUCAACAGCGGAACUAUUCGACAAAUAUCCACAUUUAAAGGAAAAUGCAAAAGCAUUUCGCUCCAAGUCACGUGUUGAUGUAGAUCCGAAGCACCUUUUGUAUGUUCAGCAGAGAGAGUUUGCAGCGACAACUCCAGCAGACAACUGCGUUUCCAUCCUUGGAUCAGAUGAUGCUACCACCUGCCACUUGGUCGUGCUGCGACACAGCGGUAGUGGAGCAGUCUGUCUGUCUCACCUCGACGGCUCCAGCACCAGGACUGAGGUCCAGCUCACUAUGAAAGCCGUCACAUCACUGAGUAACGACUGUAAUGAGGGCAGAUUUGAGCUGCAUCUGGUUGGAGGGUUUGAUGACGAUGACAAAAGAUCUCAUAAACUCAGCCUUAACAUUCUGGCAGCGUUCCAGAAACAAAAGGAUCACAUUCACCUGGAGACAUGUUGCAUCACAGGUUUUUAUAUGUUUUAUAUCAUUUGUACAUGCUGUGUAGUUGGACGUUCUGAUUUCUCACUCACAAUUCUUUCUGUUGUAGAGAUGAACAAUGUAGUUGACAAGGGAAUUCAUAAACCGAUAGUAUAUGGAAUAGGUGUAAAUGUUAAAACAGGGGAAGUGUUUCCUGCCUCAUUCCCUCAUAAAGGACCUGCAGAGAUGCUGCGGUCGGCACGGACCUUCACUGGAGGAGAGAUGACUGACAUUUAUGACUCAAGACAUGGACUUGUUAAAGUUGGACCAUGCCAGUGGAAUCCUGAUUUGGAAAUUGCCUUCUGGUUGUCACAAAGUGAUGCCACUAUUUUAAAGUACCUGUCCACGUCUCCAUUUGCUGAACCGCCACAUUUUGUCCAGCACAUUAAGUCCACCAUCCAGUUCCUUUUGUCACAUCCAGACUCUGACAGCCUGUUCCCGGGAGGUCAGCCGCACCUCUACCACCGGACGGAGAGCGGCAGCUGGGAGAGGCUUGUCCAGCCAUAACAAGUAACACCUGAACCUUUAAAUGGUAUUUGACUGUUUUUUUGUUUUUGUUUUUUUUUUUUUCAGUUUUUCAAUGGAAACACUGUGACCCCUUUUCAAUCAGAGUAUUUUAUCAAAGGUCCAAUCCCUGACCAGCGCUUUGCAAAUGUAUUCACACCACAUGGAUCAUUUCUGAUCGGUUCAUCUGAGUAAAGCCAGUUUUCUAUUUGCAUUUUGCAGAUUGGAUGGAGAGUUUUUGUGGAUAUCAUUGUUCAAGUCUACAGAUUAGGGUGAGGAUUUUGAUUGGGAUAUAUUAACACGCAAAUAUACUUUGAUCUAAACCAUUGCUCAAGCCAACACACAUCAUGUCCUUAUUAUCUAAGCCAACACAGCUUGUGUAAAUAGUUAAAAUUACUCUCCUAAGAUUCUGGAGGAGUUGAGUUGAACCACGGAAAGACCAAGAACUUGCAGGAUACCAGACCCCGAGGACUCACUUUGGUGUGUCUGGUUUAGAUGAAUGCUAAUGUCUUGACCGGUUAACAGUUAUGAUUUAAGCUUUUACACACCUGCCCCGGUUUUUAUGAUGCUGCUUGUUCACUAAUGUUCACUAGCAAACCUCUGAGGCCUUCACAAAACAGCUCAAUUUAAAUUUAAAUUUACUCAUACAAAGAAUUAGGGCUGGGCGACAGAGUAUGACUUCAAAAUUAAAUAUCAUAUUUCCUCAUUCCACAUCCACAUUUCUUGCUUUCUUUUCUAAAAAGAAAAACAAGAAAAUAUUUUCAAAAAGUUGCCUUUUGUCAUUUUUUAUUUGAGUUGUACGAGAAUGUAUUAGGGCCAGGCGACAAUUUUGUUAAUUGUUUAUUUGCAAGAACAAAGUCACAAUUUUCCUAGAAGAACACCUUAAAAUUGCAAGAAAAAGUUGUUUUCAUGAGAUAUAAGCUUCUAUAGAUUUGGUUGACUACCUAAAUCCAUGCAGUUCUUUCUUCAGAAUAGACAGUCAUUUGCAGAAUUGUUUCAAAGUCCUGUUGCUGAUGAUAAUUUGAUGCUGAUGAGUUGAAAGAUGAGCUGUUUUCUUAUCUGUAAAACUUAUACGAGUGUAUAACCUCGUACACAUGAACAGAAGUUGUAAAACCUGUCUAGCAAGAUGAUUGGUCUUGGGUGUGCUGACAUCACUCUGAACUGUAGAAACCCAGGGAAUAAAUUGUUGAAGAUUUAAUUUUGCCCAAACAUGAAAUGUUCAAAAACCCAAAUUUAGAUUGAUCAAUAAAAUGUAUUCAUCAUCCAGGACUAGGAGGAAUUUAUUGACGAUUAUGUGACUUGUGAAUAUAUUUGCUUGUUCUGUAUUUUAUUUGGGGGUAUCAGCGUAUUAGGGCCUAUAUAAAUAUGCUUACCACACUUUUGAGGUUUUUUAUUGGUGAAGGACAAUGGAAUAUUUUCAUUUUCCUUCAACAUUAUAGUUAUGCACUACCUUAUGUUGGUCUGUGUCUAAAUGAAUGGAAGCUUUCUUUUGCAAGGUGCAGCACAUUACCUCUCCAGGCUCAUGUGGUAACAGGAUGUAUCCAUAGGGCCACUGGAUUGCUGUGCAUGGUUUCAUAACUAUACCAGUUUGUGGUUUAACUUUGCCUUAGUGUUGGCCAGUUUCACACUGCAGUCCAGAUGAAGCUGACACUUCACACUCAUUUUCUUUCAAAGUAAAGAAGGUUUUUUGGGGGGACCGGUUCACCACAGCUCUAAUGAAUGCCCUACACUGAGUAUUAAAUGUUUCCUAAAAACAAGCGCCCUUACUGAUUUUCUUCUGUGUCUGCUGAUGAUGGAUACUCGGCUGAUCUUUCUCGGUGCCACCUUUUCAGGGUUCAUGUUUAGUCGGUGGGUUUAUAUUGUUUCGCAGGUUUAUAUAUUGAUGUUUUAUUUUUGUUUUAAAUGUGAGAACAUGUUUUUCCAUACUAUAUUCCCUAUGUGUCCACUGUUUCAGUGUAACUUGUCAAAAUGGUAGUUUUGGUUUAUAUUCGCUUAUGUGAGUUUGACUCUUUCUGCUGCCAGAACAUCAGAUCUUCAAGAAAAACAUUACCCACGCAGGAUUUCUGAAGAGAGCCAAAGUUUUACCACAUACAGUACCACACAGGAAAGUUAAUAAACACUUUUACAGAAAACCAGCAGGGAAACUUCGGUUUAAUGGAAAAGUCCAUUUAAAACCACCCAUACAUUUUUCUGUACACCGUUGUCCCAAGUGGGGUCAGCAGGGGUGCUGGUGCCUAUCUCCAGCAAAUGUUUUGGGCGAGAUACACACCACACAGACGCACACCAAUUAACCUGACAGCCAUGUUGGGUAAACACAUUCACAAGUCCAUUACUGUGGGAGGAAGCCAGCAUGCCCAGUGAGAACCCAUUUACGCACAGGGAGAACAUGCAAACAUGAAAGACCCCGGACCCGGAAUCGAACCCCAAACCUUCUUGCUGUGCAGUGCUACCAACUGUUCCACUGUGCAGCCCCCAUUCAAAACCUUUCUGUAUUUACAGACUCAAAACAAAUAUCUGUACUGUUCUAAAGUGCACAAAUUUUGUUUUUAGGAGAGGAAGUGGUCAGUUUGUUGAAUGUUUUUUAUCUGUGGAAAUGUAGCUUCAAAAAUAGUUUUCUUUUAUGUUUAUUUAUCCUUUGCUCUUGACCAUGUCACACUUUCUAUGAAUGUGUUUCUUUUCAAAAGUGCAUGUGUUUAUCGCCAUCAAAAUCCUCUGUGACUAAUGGUAGGAAUCAUGGCUCAGUGCAAUAAAAAUGUUUGAGUUUAAACCUGA